AUGUUCACUCACUGGGGCACCCACCCACACAGCCAUGGCCACCACACACAACCUCACCCUCACCCUCACGCCCACGGGCCACACCACACACCGCACCACCAAGCGCCGGCGGCGGUAACAUCCGUCUCAGGAACAGUCCCGGGCGCUGUCUCGACAGGAGCAAGACUUGAUCUCGACUCAUCGCCAGGACCGCAUAGCGCCUCGCCGUCGCAGUCUCCGUACCAGAUGUCACAGAUGCGCUGGCUGCCCAGCGUGGUUUCCACGCGCUCGCAUAACCAUAAUCCGUCGCUGCCGACGAUCUCGUCGAAUUUGAGGAUGCAGCAUCCUCAUCCGGCGCAGCAACAACAUCAACAACAGCAUCAGGCGCAGGCGCCGGUUUCAAUGGUUGUUGACACCAGGCCGCCCGCGCCACAGAAUGCGGUUGUUGGGCCGCGGGUAACUCAGGCGGCGCAGCAACAACAGGUUGUGUCGGUGGAGAGUGAGGAGAGUGAUCGGUCCGAUAGUCCUGGAGGCACGCUGGGGACUAGGGAUGUGAGCGGAGCGGAUGCUUUAGGGGAGUCGGAGUUUGGAGGGGAUCCCGGGCAGGCCGGAAGAGGUCUCGAGAGAGAUGGAGAUAUCGAUAUGGAAGUUUUGGCAGAGAAUGGAGGUGGGAAGGGUGUUGGUAAUGGAAAGAUGGCACACUCCAAUCUUGCAACGCGGAAACAUGGGAAACGGCUCACGACAAAGGAAGAGGUGUUUUUGUUCGAAAUUUGUAACCGCCAUGCUGGUGAUUUCGGCCAACGCAGUAACCUCUGCAAAUGGUGGAUGACAGUCACUAUGGAGUUCACGCGGGGCCAGAAACACCCGUAUUCAUGGCACUCUGUCCGACGGAAAGUCGAGCUUGUCACGAAACAGCGCAUGAAGUUCCUGGAGGAACAGCGCGACAAGGGUGCCACUGAGGCAGACGACCUCUCGAACCCGCGAUGGCGCGCCGUGGUCGAUACUUGGAUCCCGACAUGGCAGCGCUGGGAAGAGGCAGAGGCCCGCCGUAUCGAGAAACGAGACUCGAGGCGACCCAGGAAACGAAAGUGGACUAUUACAACCCCUACAUCAACAACCAUCACCACAGAUCAAUGGGACUUGCCAGCUUCAUCCGCACCCGGCUCCGGCCCUGAUGCCUGGCGAGCACCGUCAAGCGCCAGUAGCAGCCCCAUGGUGAACCACAACCACACACCUCAGCAGCCCAACCACCACGCUCCAGCCGCACCAUCAGCAACACCUCUCUCCUCAACACCCGUCCGCCUCCCUCCAGGCUUCGACACCCUAUUCUCUUCGCAACCACAGGCCCAGACCCAGGCCCAACCCCAAACCCAAACACCACCGUCCGCAUCCGCAUCAACCCCUUUCACCUCAUACACCCAACGCAACAACCAUCAGUCCAACCACAACAACCCCUCAACACCAAGCACCACAAACCCUGCCCCCUCAACGCCAGACAACACAAUGAUGGCUGCUAUGCUCGAAACACUAGGGAAACUAAACAAGCACCUCGAUUCAAACUCAAACCCCAACCCUAACCCAGCUUCCCUCCUCCCAAACAGCACGCCAACCUCAAACACAGAACCCCCAUCGUCGCAGCAUCAGCCCAACAUGCAAGACAGUAACGGUGGUGGGAAUAUGGAUACCCACCUUCAGAGUCUUCUCUCGUCGCCAGCCCUCAGCAAACUGAAAGAAGAUAUGAAGACGGAAAUGAUGGGUGAGCUGCGGACGGAGUGGGAUAAGGAGCGUGCGGUGUUGGAAGAAAAGCUUGAUUCUGUGCAAAGAACGCAGGAGAUGAUUCUUGACAUGCUGAGACAGGAACCGACUUGA